GCAGUACCCAGCCGGCAGCAGAAGCGUGGAUGUGAUAGUUCCUGGGAUCAAGAAUGAUGUGAAGGUGCUAGCGUUGGACUGUGAUGGACAAAGUCAGAAGUCACAUGACGCCCGGUUAUAAUCCAACAGGUUCAUUUAAAUCACAAGCUUUCUCAGCACUGCUCCUUCAUCAGGUGACAACUUCAGGAGCACUCCAAAAAGCUUUUGAUUUCAAAUAAACCUGCUGGAUUAUAACCUGGUGUCAUGUGGCUUCUGAGAUUGGGGAUGAAAUGCUUCCAAUCUGGUUUGAUGGAUUCUGAAAUGGCGGAUAUGUCCAUUGCAAGAUCUUCAGACACUGUGACUCUCGUUAGUGCUUAUGGAAUCUGGAUCAUGCUUAAAGCAGUGUUACUGUGCUACUGGAUUCUUCAGAUAGUUCAGAUCAUUCUCGCCUCUGAUCCCAGCAGAAUGGUGGAGCAUGAGCUGGAUUCCAGCUCAGUGCAGGAUGUGGUCUCCCACACCGACCUCGCUGUUUUGAGCAGAAUCAAGACCCCGCUGUCUGCCUCAGGCUCACUGGUCAGGCCUGGACUUGACAAAGCAGUGGACAUGGUUAAGCAGAAUUAUAUGCCAAAGAAAAUCGUGUUGGAUUCUGAGGUGAUAUCCAGUGCAUUGGAGAAGUACAGAACAGAACGUUCACCCAGGAGAUGUGUCCGGCACUUGGAGUCCUGUUUUGGCCAUACGUUGCCUUGCUGUGAUCCAUGUGCCGUUUGCUACUGCAGGUUUUUUAAUGCCAUUUGUUACUGCAGAAAAAUUGGUAACAGUUGUCACCAGGGCAAGAUUUAGUUCUGUGCAGUAGCACCGUUUGCUAGAAUAUGUUUCUGUAAAGUAUAUAUGCACAAAUUUAUGUUGUAUUGUCUUUGGUGUGUAACUUGUCAUUGUACAAUUGAAAUAAAUUUACUACAUAUA